AUGGCUGCUACAACUGCCACCGUCACUCAACACACUCCCAUGAGCGUUCCUCCAGGAGUCAAAGACCCUUCACGACGAAUCAUCGAAAACCCAGUCGCAGGUGAAGUCGGCGACUUUAUCAAAUACAGCUACGAGACCGAAGGCAAAUACGCUGAAGCAGAAGCAACAUGCGUACCAGGAGGCGGUCCACCGCUACACUACCACAAAAACUUCGCAGAGAUCUUCACGGCCAUUGAGGGCGAUCUCCUGCUUUAUACCGGCAGCGACCCAAAAGCUGAACCUCUCCAUCUCCCACCAGGCGAAACGUUCACCGUCCCAAUCGGCACACUCCAUCGAUUCUCAGCGGGUCCAGAAGGUGCAAAGUUCAAGAUCAGAGUCGAACCGGGAGACGAAGGGUUUGAGAAGAGCAUUUACAUUCUCUUUGGGCUCGCAAGGGAUGGACAGCUUGGAAAGGACUGCCUGCCCACGAAUCCGAUUUACACUGCGGUCAUUGGUAGCUUGGGUGGAAUGUACUUCCCAGGUGCGACCGGUGCGCUCCUCAAUGGCGUGACGGCGGUAAUGGCGGCGUAUGCGAGGUGGAGUGGUGUGCAGGAUGAGCUGAUCAAGAAGUAUUGGGAGUAG